AUUUGAGGGCAGUUCGUGGUGUAACUAUAUUCAGCUUUGUAAGAUGCUUUGAGAGUACAGUGUUUCAUCAACCUGCUGCAGAGACGGAUGAACUCUACACACCUGUGAGUCUUGCUGCCUUCAACAGCGAUGUGUUUGACUCUUUGCAGCUGUUUUUGCUGCAGAUCCUGCAGAGCAAAAGAUUUGUCAGCACCUUGGUCCCGUUUCUCCACCUGGAUAACGAUGCGGACUGAGGGAGGAAGAUGGUUUAACUUUGGGAGAAGCCCCAGAGGUCAGCCUGUUGUCAGCAGCCCUGCUGCGACUGAUGGACAGCACUCACCCAAGGAAGAGGAGCCCCAAAACGUGAACCUCACAUUUGAGCAAAUCCUGGAGGCACAGCGAUGGAGUGAGGCCAGCCAGCAGUUGAUAAAGACAGAGGAGCGUCUGUUUGGAGAGAUAAUGGAGGCAGAGGCACUCAAACAUCACGAAGAAGAAGUAGAACAACUUGCUGAACACUACAGAGACUUGGAAGGCCUUGUGCUGCAGACUCUGAGACAAUCUCUCACCGCGGAUGGGAUCAGCCCCGAGGCUCUGACGUCUGCUGUGCAGGCCGUGACCCAGGAGGAGAACCAGGACCAGCAGUGGAAACAGAGAGAUCGGACACCACCGGCCUGGAGGCCCAGGCACUGGAAGAAGCUUCACGACUCGACGCUUCGCAGCUUGGUGGAGGAGAGUAUAGACAAGCCCUCGACACCCUCUGCUGUGGAGCAGUCGUCUAUCCAGGCGGACGUCCUCAGCAUGGGCAAGCAGCUGAAAGACGACCUGCUGUGGGUGGUGGAAGUGGUGAAGAGCUGCUACCCGCCCAAUCUGGACAUCUGUAAUUUUUACGCCAGGUUGUACCACCAAACCCUCAGCAUCAGACUCCAAAAGAUCGCAGACUUUGGUCUGGAUGACAAGGACUGCACUUUCCUCCUGCGCUGGGUGAACGAGUAUUAUCCAGAACUCCUUCAAAAGCCGGAGCUGGCCAGUGAGAUCGAAACUGAAGCGUUGGGAAAGCUGCUGCCUAAAGAGUUACUGGAACCUCUGGAGAAACAGUACCUGAGAAAACAACAGGAUGAGCUGACGACUUACAUCGGCCGCGUCCUGGACGAAGCUAAGCAAAAGUGGAAUAAAGGAGAGGAGCCGAAAAGAGAGGACGGCUGCUUCGUCAGUCCUGUGGCCUACGACAUCAUUCAGCUUGUCAAUGGUAUGGUGACUUCAGCUGAAAUAGUUGUGGGAGACCUGCACAAGGCCCACAAAAUAACGCGCCAUGUGAAAGAUUUAAUGCAGAGGUUCAAGAUCUUCCAAAACGACGUCAUUAAGCAAAACAAACCGAACAGCAGGUCGUUCAUCAAGGCGAACCUCGGCUGCAUCGAACAGUUCAGGGACGUCUUCGUCAAGAAGCGCCAUCUGUUCCCAGAGGCUGUGCGGGAAACCUGUUUGCUUGUCCUGAAUGACAUGAAACAAUCUGCCCACACAUAUUUAUUAAAACCUGUGCACGAUGUCCUCAAGCCACAGUACCGCAAGCUGGGAACCAAUGAGUGGCUGACUAAGCCCUUGUUUGAGAAGCUGCUGGUCAGCAUCGAAGAAGAGCUUCAGGAUCUUCGGGGUUCGAUUGAAUCCGGUCACCAGAAGCUGAUUGGCCAGCUGCACCGGGAAGUGACAGCAGAAUAUGUGAAGAGGCUCCUGAAAGGACAAGUCAAACUGAAGGACAAGGAGCGGCAGCUGAAGGCCCACGCGACCAUAAAAAACAACGCAGAGAGUUUGCACGAUUUAUUCGUCAGAAUGGGCUCAAAGGAGGAUUGGUUAAAGGAAAUCCUGACCAAGAUUGCAGAAGUGCUGAAACUCCAAGACCUGCCCGCCAUACAGAUGCAAGUAGUAUCACUGGGAACUGAUUUUCCUGACCUGAGUGAGAAACAUGUUUCGGCCCUGCUCAAGCUCAAGACCAACCUCUCCAAGGCCGACCGGAAAACCGUCAAAGAGACUCUGUCGUACACUUUGAGGGAAAUCAAACCUGUCGGUACUGUGCCGUUUUUCUCCACAGUUCAGGUCAAAUGAGCCGAACAAUCCAGUUAUACAUUCAGUUUUCCUCAUUUCACUAUUUUUAAAGUUGGUUGAAAGUUGUACAGCAUCAUGUAUUAUAGUGUUUGUGUGUUAGAUUUGUGAGCAAGUAUGAUGAGUUGGACACUGGUGUUUUCAAUCCAUGUCCUGCAAAUUACAAGUGUUGUAGUGACUGUAUAAAUGUAUAAGCUAUGCCUCACAAUGUUGCUGGUAAAUUAUGAUGGUGAUGGUGCUUUCUGGCUUUUUACUGAAAAAUAAUCAAGCCAGUAUAGUGUGUUUUUACUUGUUUUUGUGUUUUAUGGGGAAAUGCGGACCAGGUUUGCAAGUGUGGUUCUUUAAGAGUGUAUAUUUGUUAUAUCAAAUCAGUGUUAUAUUUUGUUAUUUUCAAACAUGUGCAAUAAGGGGAGAUGUCAAGCUGUAAUUUUAUACUUUUACAUUUUUGUUUCACGUCAUCUGGUGUACAGAAUAUUGUUAAUGAAAGUGUUAAAUGUAAGUUAAGUUUAAAAAUACAUUUGAUGAAGCCUG